AUGGUGAAAUAUCAAACCCUAGCAAAUUAUUGUCAAAAACACCACCAAAAGGAAAUCACUAAGGAGCAAUUAGGGAUUGAUUCUGAUACUAAUUCCACUAAUUCAAAGCCAAAUGACCAUAAAUUAGUAAUUGGUUUAGUAGCGGGAAUUAUCGGAGAAAAAGUGGCUCAUGACAUAAAACUUCCUGCUUAUCAAUUACAAGAUUUAGUAGAGGGUAGGGGUAGCAUAGAUACUGACCUUGCUUUUCGCUUGGGGUUAUAUUUUAAAGUAGGAGCCGAAGGAUUUUUGAAUUUACAGCAGAUUUACGACUUGGAAAUUUGA